UCAGAAAGGGCAUCUUCAUAUUACAAACAUGAAGCUUUCUUUUCCCUUUUCAAAGUGCUUCUUCCCCUCUUCACCAAACACUACUUCAGAGUCUCCCAAAACCCAAUAUGAUGAAACAAUUGUUGAGAGUAUUCGUUUGUUUUCAUACGAGGAAUUGAAAUCUGCGACUCAAGGAUUCAGACCAUCUUGUAAGAUCGGAGAGGGAGGUUUUGGUUCUGUAUAUAAGGGUCGGCUUGAAGAUGGAAGCUUUGUGGCUGUUAAGGUUCUGUCGGUUGAGCUUGAAUCGCUGCGAGGGGAGAGGGAGUUUGUGUCUGAGAUUGCUGCAUUGUCUGUUAUCAAACAUGAAAAUCUAGUAACACUCCGUGGGUAUUGUGUUGAUGGUGCCAACAGGCUUCUAGUCUAUGAUUACAUGGAAAACAAUAGCCUUAUUCAUGCCUUUCUCGGUUCAGAACAAACCAGGAUGAGAUUUAGUUGGAGGCUAAGGAAAGAAAUAUGCCUUGGUGUGGCUAAAGCUUUAUCCUAUCUCCAUGAAGAAGUGAAUCCCCACAUAGUUCAUCGUGAUAUUAAAGCCAGCAACAUUGUUCUCGAUCAUAAUUUUACACCAAAGGUUGCUGAUUUUGGCUUGGCUAGGUUAUUCAGGGGAAGCAUUUCUCACAUUAGUACACGAGUUGCCGGAACAUUGGGCUAUCUUUCUCCAGAAUAUGCUAUUAGCGGACAUUUUACGAGAAAAUCAGAUGUUUAUAGUUUUGGAGUGUUGCUAUUAGAGAUUGUGAGUGGCGGCCCAAUAGUUGCAUUUGACUUGGAACGAGGAGAGCACUUCUUAGUUAAUAAGGCAUGGGAGAUGUACAAAGCUGACCAACUAUUGGAACUAGUGGACCCUCUCCUGGAGGGAGAAUUUCCGGCGGAAGAAGCCGGCCGGUUCUUGAAGACCGGCCUGCUUUGCGUUCAAGAGACCACCACGCUCCGACCCAAGAUGUCGACGGCGAUCAAGAUGUUGAGCAACGAGGUUGCCAUUGAUGAAAACAUGAAGAAGAUCUCCAGGCCUGGGAUUGUGGCUGAUCUUAGAGAUGUUAAGAUACACAAGACGAAAACUAGCAUUGUUUUUCCCAGUUUCAGUCCUUAGCUAGCUAGCUUGAAGCAGCUAAUAAUAAUGUGCAACUGAUAGAUAGUGUUACGUUAGCUCUGUAUAUUUUGUUUUUUUCCUUUCAUAUUCAUUUCCUGUAGUUUAUAUUAUUAAUUAUAUAGCAAUAUACGAUA